UCAAGAGAACAGCCACGACCAUUACAAGCAUCCAAACGCCACACAGUCCGUUACAUUAAAUCAGUAACACUGUUUAAUGUCAGAUAUGUUUAUAUAGCUAGAUAGAUAGAUCGAUAGAUCGAUCGUCACAGAGGAGCGUCUGACAAGAGUUGCGCGUCUGGAGGGAGGCUGUUACUCCGCGCGCUUUCUUAAGAAUCGUGUGAAGAGCGCGCGCUCCAGUGAUGUCUCCUCGCGCGGAGCCGCUUCACCUGUAGACUGUUGCGGGAGUUCAGGACCGGUUUAUUCUUACUGUCUGAGGUUAAAUUGUAAACCGCAAUCUGUUGGAGAAGUUCACUGCUGGAAACACACACAGCCAUAAUGAACAAUGAGCAGUAUUCUUCUGUACCAAUCAAAGAAAAGCACAUGAACAUCAUCAGUAUCAAAGCCAUAGAAGACAUUGGAUAUGAUCUUCGAGACUCUAUUAUCCUGAAGUCUCUCGCUCCCGAGGAGAACACACAAUGUCGGCGGGGUCUGUAUUUCCAGGACGGCAAGAGGCGGGUGGACUACAUCCUCACUUACCACAUCAAGAAGACCAGCAGCUCCCGGCGCCACACGUCACGUCUCAGAGACAACGCCUUUACCCGCACCCUGCGGCGGGGUCGAGCGCCGCCUCCGCCCGCUCCCAAAGAUGACGCCGAAGUGGGCUCGCCUGACCACAGCUUGGACCACCACGAUGACGACAAAUGUUUACGGCGUGAGGAGUUUGAGAGUAACCUGGUAGAGAUGGGCCUGGAGCUGGAGCGAGACGAGGAGACCAAGACUCCUGGUGUGGGCUUUGUGAAGAUUCAUGCUCCGUGGAGCGUUCUCUGUCGAGAGGCUGAAUUCAUGAAACUGAAGAUGCCUACCAAAAAAGUGUAUGAAGUGAAGCACAGCAGUGGUGUAAUGGAAAAGAUCAACGCGUUCAUCAGCAAACUAACAGAUCCUCUUCAUCCAAACUUAGAAGAUAACAGGAUACAGAAAGUGAAGCACCUCUCGUACCCAUUCUCCAGGGAAAAGCAGCAUCUGUUUGAUUUGUCUGACAAAGAUUCCUUUUUUGACAGUAAAACAAGAAGUUCAUUAGUAUUUGAAGUUUUGAAGCGAACCAAGUGCAAAAACCAAGCGAAAUUUAGCAUGGGAAUAACUAGUCUGCUUGGGAGUGGCGUUUAUUUGGCUGCUUAUCCAUUACAUGAUGGUGAUGUUGGUGGGGAAAAUGCUGAGCCAAAUGACAGAAAGCUGUUGUACGAAGAGUGGGCCAGCUACAGUGUCUUUUAUAAGUACCAGCCCAUCGGUUUAAUCAGGAAGUACUUUGGAGAGAAGAUCGGUCUAUACUUUGCUUGGCUUGGCAUUUACACCCAGAUGCUGAUCCCUGCUUCCUUAGUAGGGGUCAUCGUGUUCCUCUAUGGAUGCGUUACUGUUGAUGACGACAUUCCGAGUAUGGAAAUCUGCGACCAGAGGAAGAACAUCACCAUGUGUCCGCUGUGUGACCGCGUGUGCAGCUACUGGAACCUGAGCACAGCGUGCGGGACGGCCCGGGCCAGUCAUCUGUUUGAUAACCCCGCGACUGUCUUCUUCUCUAUCUUCAUGGCGUUGUGGGCGGCGUUCUUCAUGGAGCACUGGAAGAGGCGGCAGAUGCGUCUCAACUACGAGUGGGAUCUCACGGGGUUUGAGGAAGAGGAGGAUCACCCGCGAGCCGAAUAUGAAUUCAGAGUCAUGCAGAAAUCACUGAAGAAAGACCAUAAAUCACAGAAGCCAGAGAAAGAAAAGCUCACGUGUAAAGACAGAUUUCCUGCGUAUAUGACAAACCUCAUCAUGAUGCUUUUAAUGAUCGGUGUGACGUUUGCCAUUGUAUUUGGUGUGAUUUUAUACCGGAUCUCAACCAAAGCCGCUCUGGCUAUGAGCUCAAACCCCACGACCCGCUCCAACGUCAGACUGACGGUUAAAACCACCGCGGCCAUCAUAAACCUGGUGGUCAUUCUCAUUCUGGAUGAAGUGUACGGCGCCGUGGCACGUUGGCUCACAGUUCUCGAAGUUCCUAAAACAGAUAAGAGCUUCGAAGAAAGGCUGAUCUUCAAAACAUUCAUCCUCAAGUUCGUGAAUGCGUUCACUCCCAUCAUUUACAUUGCGUUUUUCAGAGGCAGGCUCGGUGGGCGUCCGGGAAGUUAUCUGUAUGUGUUUGAGUCCUAUCGGAUGGAAGAGUGCGCUCACGGCGGCUGUCUCAUGGAGCUCUGCAUUCAGCUCAGCAUCACGAUGCUCGGCAAACAGCUCAUCCAAAACAACCUGUUUGAGAUCGGCGUCCCUAAACUGAAGAAGCUGAUCAGAUUCAUUAAAUCCAAGAGAGCCUCUUUCCAGGAAGAGGAAUAUGAGAAGAAGUUACAGCGUUAUGAGACGGAUUAUUUCCUGGAGCCCUUUGUUGGCCUCACGCCCGAGUACAUGGAGAUGAUAAUCCAGUUUGGCUUUGUGACUCUUUUUGUGGCAUCUUUCCCACUGGCGCCUCUGUUUGCCCUCCUGAACAACAUCAUUGAAAUCCGGCUUGAUGCCAAGAAGUUUGUGGCAGAACUCAGAAGGCCAGAUGCAGCCAGAGCUAAAGACAUAGGAAUCUGGUAUAAUAUUCUCAGAGGAGUCGCAAAAGUGGCAGUUAUUGUCAAUGCAUUUGUGAUCUCCUUUACAUCAGACUUUAUUCCACGGCUGGUCUACAAGUACAUGUACAGUCCGGAUGGGUCAAUGCAUGGCUUUGUCAACCACACGCUGUCUUACUUUAAUGUUAGUCACUUCCAGAACGGUACUGCCCCAUUGGAACCUUUCCACCUAGGCUUCCAUGUGGACAUCUGCAGGUAUAAAGACUACAGAGAGCCUCCAUGGUCUGCGACACCAUACGAGAUCUCAAAAGAGUUCUGGGCUGUGUUGGCAGCCAGACUAGCAUUUGUCAUUGUCUUUCAGAAUGUGGUGAUGUUGAUGAGUGAUAUUGUGGACUGGAUCAUCCCAGAUAUUCCCAAAGACAUCAGCUUACAGAUCCAUAAAGAGAAGAUCCUCAUGAUGGAUCUGUUCAUGAAAGAGGAACAGGGAAAGACACGGAUAGAGGACAGCUGUAAGGAGACGAGUCCCAGCUCUCUGACGCGCUCGCGCUCCGUGUCUCACACGGCCUGCAAAAACUACUAACAUCAGCAGCCUACGAGUUUCUGUCGUUACAUUCCACUGACAAACCCCAGACGUGGUGUUGGGUCUAAAAUAAGGCUAAAAUAAGGCCUGUUGCCAGUGCACACUGCCCGAGUUCAUCUUGUACAGUUCUUCAUGCUACUUAAAUGUGAUUUGUGUGCUCUACAUUUUUUUUUGGUCAUAUUCAUUUCCCUCUCUUUCAUUGUUCUUUUUCAGUGAAUGCUGCUGUAACACAUUCUAAUGACAAUAAAAAUGCAAAGGUGAAACUUACUCUACAGAAGUAUGUGAACGAAAACACUUCUGGCUUUGUGAGCUCGAUUUUCUGCAUCAGUGUAUCAGAUUCAUCAUUCAGAUGAUGAGGUGUGUUUGAUGAAGGUUGUGGAGCUCGAGGGCUAAAGAUGAUGAACACUGUCUUCUGUGUUGUCUUGCAGGUCAGUCAUUGUCAUGGUAAAACAGUUUAAAGAAUCUUGUUGAGCAAGUUAGUUAAACUAUCCGAAGAACAUAUCGAAUGUAAUGAGAGACACAUUUGAAAGAUAGUAACUCUAUCGCCCCCUUGAGUACUAAGGUUUGUUAUCACCACAGUAGUGCAAGAAUAAAUGUUACAGUAUCAGACCGCACACUUUCUAGCUUAUAAAUUCUUCUUAUUACUAAUUGAUUCUUUAAACAAAUUGCAUAAAUGUCUUAACCAUCAUGGUAAAACAAUUGUUUAUACACUGACAAAAUGCUUAUAUGAAGCAUAUCAGUUAUCGUUGCAGAUCAAGGCAUUAAAAAUCUGAAUGUAAUGAACAAUUUACCAGUAAAAAGGGCCGCUAGAUGUUUUGAUUGAAAUGUUUGAUUUUGAUUUUCAAACUGAUGGUUUUGGUUGUUUUGUUUGCAGUUGUUUGUGAUUGAGAAUACCUACUGUCCUCUAUUUAUAUUUAUUACGAAGUCUAAAUAUGCGAGAAGUUGUGAGGAUUUUUUAGACAAGGAUUUCUAUAAACAUUUUGAUCAUUCGAACAAAUGGACGUCAGAUGUAAUCAGAGGCCACAACGAAAACUGGAUCAUAGUCUGAUCCUAAUAAAUAUUCAUAACAUGAUAUUUUUGGAGUUUUGAAAAGCCCCAGCAGAUCUGAAGUGGACGGUCAUUCUUCUGUACGUUCAAACCGUCAGACGGGCUCCAUCUCUGAAAACAGUGUUAAUGUGUGAGCCUUUCUCUGUGCUCUGCUUUAAUUCUUUUAAUCAAAUGUACCUCCAUAUUUAAUGUUUUCACUUUUGUUGUAUGAUGGUAAUUUUUCUAAUGCUUCUAAUAAUUUCUAAUUUUGUACAUUGGAUGCUUUUCAUAUUUAAUGGUGCUUGAUAGGAUAUUCAUUAUCUGUAUGUUGUGCAAGUAUUAACAUUGUGGAACAUUAUCAUUUCAUAACGCUUCUCAUUCACAUUGUUCAUAGAGUAUAACAGACUUGAAAACCAUAAAUUCCAUAUUAAAUCCAGUAAUGUUUUAGGUUUUUUACAGAAUCACUAAGUAACUAGGCUCUUAAAUUUCUAAGGCAUCUGUCCUGAGACGUAUGGCUUUUGCUUAACAUUUACAGUUUGCACCAAAUGGGUUGUACAGUAAAAACAUGUCAAGACACAAAUGAACUGAAGGCAAUUUCCUGCAUCCAAGAUAAACCAUUUCUGUGCUGAUAUAUUUUAAGGUCUUACAUACCAAGCAGAACAGUCAUUGUUUUUUUGUUUUUUUUAAGGAUGAUGUUUAUUUAGUGCCUUACAUGUCUAUUAAAUUGUUAAUACGCAUAACUUAUAUCUUCUGUUUGCUUGCCUUAAUUUAGAAACACUGUGUGCUUUAGUGAAUGUCGCUGUGCAUUGUAAUGUAACACUAAAAUGAAAUAAAGCCUACUUCAGUUGUCAGUUUA